AUGGCCACCCACCAGCCAACCCCGACAAUACUCCUCCCGAAGCUUCCCCCGAAAACCCUAGUCGGCAUCGACCUUAUAACUUUUACAUCAACCCCCAACUUCCAUGGAAUCCGCGAUCUUUCGCCAGGAUGGCACUUCCUUUACACCGGCGCAACGGAGACCCUCUCUCUCCGCAGUGGCGCAUGGUUUUACAUCGGUGACAUCAGCACCGCGGGGAAAGGGAGCAACGACACAGCGCUCGUCGCGCAAGGCCGAAAUAAAACCCAAUCCCGAAAUGUACAAGGGACUGAGAUCUACAUAUGGAAAUGGUGCGCAGAUACAGAGUCCCUAGUAGCGCUGGACAGUGAAAGUGACUCUGCCCGCCAGGAGGGCAUGCGCUACAAGGCGAAUCUGGGUUCUGUGUGGCAGAGUGGAGGAUUAUUCAAGUAUCGCAGCCGGAUUGCCCCUUCACUGCUUGUCAAGCCCGUGACCGAAUCAAAAACAGGGGAGAAGAAUAUGGAAGAACAAGACCAACCCGAACCCCAAAUCGAAGCUCGUAUUCAGACCGAAGAUGAUGCGCAGACCGAAGAGAGCGGCCGGAGGGAUUGGUCUCGACUAACCGACCGGAUCUCACCGAACCUUUUAUCCCGCGUUAUUGGGAAUCCAGAGGUUGAUAUCGACGGUCAUCCACGAUGGGUGUUGUCAUCUGCUUCCACGGCCAACCGUGAUGCAGAUCAUAUUCCCGGCGUUGACUCGCCAGCUGAUGGAUCGGUCGAGCCGGAGUUAAAGGAGGAAGCGGAACGCGAGUUCGAAUUCAUCCCAAUUGACUUGAAGCGGACGUGGAGGGAAGGCGCGGUCGGGCGCGAACGGACUGAAGCUGCUCAGGAUCGGUCUUGGGCUCUGGGAGACUUGAUCGAUCGGGCAAUUGUGGAUAGGGAGGAUUUUAUGACUGAAGUCCUUCGGAUACUGUCGGUACAGCUGCAGCGAUGCGACGAUGUUGACGGGGGACUGUUUGAGAUCGACGGUGAUGAAGGCGGGGCUUUCUUGCGCGACCUACUCAUAAAGUUCCGUCAGUCAGUUGAUGACAUUGCUGGCGAAAUUGAAUCCAAGGUCAAGUCAGAGCUUGACAAGCUUGAAGAGUGGGUGAAGGCAGAAUAUGACUGGGAGCUGCGUCGUGGGGCUGUCGUUCACCGCGGUAUGCUCCAAUUGGAGGACGGCGAGCAGGUCGAAAUGGACUGGCACGGGGAUGACGAAGAAGACGAGACUGGAGAGUAUGCUCCAAUGAUUGUUGAGUGA